AUGCCUUGCCUCCCUGCCGAUUGUUUAAUUGAAAUUUUUGAAAAUUUAAAUGAUGAGGAAUUACGUUCAUGCUUAUUAGUGAACCAUCAAUGGUGUGAAACAUCUGUUCGAAUUUUAUGGAGAAAAAUACAAAGUUUAAAUACCUUAAUCACUUGUCUUCCUAAUGAAUCAAAAGUCAUUUUAGAGAAUAAUGGAAUCAUAAUUUCAAACUCAACUUCAAGACCCCUAUUUUUCAAUUAUGUAACAUUUAUCAAAACACUUUCGGAUCUCGAUAUCAGUAAUACAGUUGAAAGAUUGCUUAAAUAUACACGUAAUGUUAACGGAAAUAAUAGGAACGUGGCAACACGAGAAGUAUUUCAAAUGUUUAUGAAACAAACUUCCUUGAAAGAGCUAUCUAUUAGUUCUAGUAUAAUUCACGAACAAAGUUUACCAUUUACCUAUAGCUUAAAUUUGAGUAACCUUUCUGACUUUUAUUGUAGUUCAGAUCUCUAUCCUGAAUUUAGCAUUUCAAAUGGAUUAGCAGAUUUAAUUUCAGUUCAAAGACGUUUAAAGUACCUGCACUUGGAUUAUUCGGAAAUUUGUAACUACAAUUGGACAAAUAUUAUUCAAUUGUUCAUAAAAUGUACUAAUACAUUAACAAAGGUACAUAUCGUUGGGGAAUGUGAACAUUGUCCUUUACCAUUGUCAUUCAUUUCGAAGUUUUACAAUUUACAAGAACUUUCAUUAUCAAUAUACAAAAGUAAAGGUUUGGAAGUUUUUCAACAUGCUUCCCUUUCCCAAUUGCAAGUUUUGAGAUUUGUAUGUGAACAACCAGUUAAUGACCACCUAAUCAGUUUCUUGGAAAACAACGGAAAGAAUUUAACUGAACUUGGUCUUUGCGAUUAUAAUGAUUAUGAUGGUCCAUUAAAUUUAGCAAUUGCCAAAUUUUGUCCAAAUAUUAAGUGCUUGCGCACUACUUUUUAUGAAAAAAACGGUGAAAACAUAGAAUCAUUAAAAUUAGUUUUAUUUAGUUGUGAACAAUUAGAAAGCAUUGAGAUUUUGUGCGAAGACUUUUUAGAGAAGAGGGCAUUAUUAAAGAUCUUUGUGGAAUUUUCACCUAAAAUUUUAUGUGAAAUAAAAAUGGUUUUAGAGGGUUAUCAAGAUCCUGAUCCAUAUAUAAAGUAUACCUUUAUAUGCUGGGGUAAUCGCGAGCAAAGUAUUCCUCUCUCUUUAAUCAUUUUAUCGCAUUCCGAAAGGGAAGAUGAAACGCGAGUUAUGCAUAUAGAAAUAAUUAAAAAACUUGAAGAGUUUAAAAACUUGAGUAUCAUAAAAGAAUUCAAAAUUAUUGAAGAACGUGGUGGCCGGA